AAAAGAUCAGUUAAGUUUCAACACAGAAUUCAAAUACUGUUGGAUACAAAAAAAAAAAACAGUUAAAAGAUAAGAAAAAAUAUUCUUUUUUAUUUUCUAAAAAAAGGAGUGUAGAACAAAAAUUAUACCAAGUGACUUGUUUAACUAAAAUAAACUGAAUUACAAAGUUCCCUCCCAGCCCUAAUGCUCGUUUGGAACGAUAAUCAAGAUACAAAUUUUAAAUUCAUCUGAAUGUUGCCUUAAGAACUGAUAUAAAACAGUGUGUGUGUGAUAAAUUUUUGAGAAAAACUUUUGAAAUAAAAAGCACUAUUUGCUAAUUUUAAACAAAAAAGUGAAAUUUUUUGUAUACUAUACUACUUGAUAAUUUAAAAUUAAAGAAACUGUUGCUAACAAUAACUCUUGUGUGAUAAUGCUUACAACUGGUUUGGAAAACUCUAUUAUAACAUCUUCUGCAUCGUCUACGAAUUCGGCCGCUCUUAAAGGACGCACAUCAUGGAAUAUAAAAUCUUCGACAUUGGCUAAAAACACCCUCAAUCGCAUACGUUUUGUGGUCGAGUCAUUGAAGAUCAAACCAAAUCCAAGCAAGCCUAUGAUACCGUUGUCCAUUGGUGAUCCCACCACCUUUGGCAAUCUGCGUGCAUCCGAUGAAACCUUGAAGGCUCUUUUGAAAGCCAUUGAAAGUGGCAAAUACAAUGGUUAUGCGCACACCCAAGGUCAUGAAUCCGCACGUAAGGCCAUUGCCAAAUAUAGUGCCCAUCAAAGUUCCGAAGAAAUACAUCCAGAUAAUAUUGCUUUGACCAGUGGUUGCUCGUCAGCUUUGGAAUAUUGUAUACUUGCAUUGGCCGAUGCUGGUCAGAAUAUUUUGAUACCCAGACCCGGAUUUUGUUUAUAUCAAACUUUGACCGAGGGCUUGGGCAUUGAAGUACGCUACUAUGACUUGUUGCCCGAAAAACAAUGGCAGGCCGAUUUGAAGCAAUUAGAAUCGUUGAUCGAUGAGAACACGGCGGCCUUGCUGAUUAACAAUCCCAGUAAUCCUUGUGGCAGUGUGUUUAGCAAGGAACAUUUGGAGGAUUUAUUGGCCAUAUGUGAGAAAUACUAUUUGCCCAUAAUAGCAGAUGAGAUCUACGAACAUUUUGUUUUUCCCGGAGCCAAACAUAUUGCCGUCAGCAGUUUGUCGAAAAAUGUUCCAGUUCUUUCCUGUGGUGGUUUAACUAAAAGAUUUUUAGUACCUGGCUGGCGUACGGGAUGGAUAAUCUUUCAUGAUCGUGAGAAUCGCUUGGCUGACGGUAUUAAAGGUAUCAAGAACAUGUGUGGUCGUAUAUUGGGUUCGAAUACCCUAAUCCAAGGUGCCAUUCCCGAUAUUUUGGAAAAGACACCCCAAAGUUAUUUCGACGGUGUCAUCGAUAUACUGAGUGAUAACGCCAAAUUGGCCUAUAACAUGCUGAAACAAGUGCGUGGCCUAAAUCCGGUCAUGCCCAAUGGUGCCAUGUACAUGAUGGUGGGCAUCAAUAUUGAUCAAUUUCCUGAAUUUAAAGAUGACACCCACUUUGUGCAGGAGCUGGUGAACGAACAAAGUGUUUUCUGUUUGCCUGGCAGUUGUUUUGAUUUUCCCAAUUACGUGCGCAUCGUAUUGACGGUGCCACUUGAAAUGAUUGAAGAGGCUUGUUCACGCAUUGCUGAGUUUUGUGAAGCUCACUAUAAGGUGGACAAUUCAAUAAUUGAAAAUAAUUUAUUAGAUGAAAUUCAGUACUGAGCUAAUGUGCUGUGACAUACAUACAUACAUACAUUUUUAUGUAGAAUUGAAAUAUUUUAUAUAUAUUUUUGUUUUUAACCAAUUGCAUUUAUAUUUUUUAGUCAUUUAGUUUGUAGAACUUAAUAUUGUUUAUUUAAAUAAAAAAAAAUUUAUUUCAUAA